AUGGGUCUCUCGCCUGGAUUUACUGUCCUAAUUAUUCUGUCGGCCUUUCUGCUGCACACCAGCGGCCUUUACAUCGCCAGUAGCGUUGACUCCCUGCAGCACGUCCUGGGGGAGUAUGGACUGGUGAGGCCCAUCAGUGUGGACGCAGAGGGCCGCUUCCUGUCACACGCCGUCUCGGCUGGCCGCAUGGCAGGAGGGCAGCCCCGUAGGCGCCGGAGGAGGGAGGUAGGAGUAGGCAAUGAUGAGUGGGAAGAACCAAGGGGAGAGCCCGUGGCCUAUCGGGAAAGGCUUUACUACAACGUCACCAUCUUCGGCCGGGAGUUCCACCUGCGCCUGCACCACAAUGCCAGGCUGGUGGCCCCCGGAGCCAAGAUGGAGUGGCGUGAUGACAGCGACAGCACCCGGCACUCUGAGCCACUGCACGACAAAUGUUUGUACGUCGGUGACAUCACAAACACGCCAGGAGCCACGGUGGCCAUCAGCAACUGUGACGGCCUGGCCGGGAUGAUCAGGAUGGAGCAAGAGGAGUUUUUUAUCGAGCCGGUGGAGAGGGGCGACGGAGUUAUAGAAGAGGAGGAGCGGGAGGGAGGAGGAGGAGGGAGGACGCACAUCGUGUAUCGGUCAUCAGCCAUAAAGAAAGUGCCCAUCGGCAGCGAGGCGGCAGACUUCCACUCCAGAGGUGCUGACCUCGGUGGUCUGAUGGACCUGGAGUCUCUGUACCGUGGCGUGGAGCAGAGCAUCAACCACACGCGAGCGGGGCGGAUGCGCAGACAGAGCCUGGACAGGGCCUACAACAUCGAGGUGCUGCUGGGCGUCGACGACUCGGUGGUCCAGUUUCACGGGAAGGAGCAUGUCCAGAAGUACCUGCUCACACUCAUGAACAUUGUGAAUGAGAUCUACCAUGACCAGUCUUUAGGAGCCAAGAUCAAUGUGGUGCUGGUGCGGAUUAUCAUGCUUGGCUACGGCAAGUCCAUGAGUCUGAUUGAACUGGGGAACCCAUCUCAGAGUCUGGAGAAUGUAUGUCGCUGGGCCUUCCUGCAGCAGAAGCAGGACACAGGGGACGCUGAGUAUCACGACCACGCCAUCUUCCUCACACGACAGGAAUUUGGCCCCACGGGCAUGCAGGGUUACGCCCCAGUGACAGGCAUGUGCCAUCCGGUAAGGAGCUGCACUUUGAACCAUGAGGAUGGUUUCUCCUCUGCCUUUGUGGUGGCACACGAGACCGGACACGUGCUGGGGAUGGAGCACGAUGGUCAGGGGAACCGCUGCGGAGACGAGGUGCACAUGGGCAGCAUCAUGGCGCCGCUGGUGCAAGCUGCCUUCCACCGCUUUCACUGGUCCAGAUGUAGCAUGCAAGAGCUGGGACGCUACCUUCAUUCCUAUGAUUGUCUCCGUGACGACCCCUUUGACCACAAUUGGCCGUCGCUGCCUCAGCUUCCUGGUUUGCACUACUCCAUGAAUGAACAGUGUCGCUUUGACUUUGGCGUGGGCUACACGAUGUGCACCGCGUACCGCACAUUUGACCCAUGUAAGCAGCUGUGGUGCAGCCACCCAGACAAUCCCUUCUUCUGCAAGACCAAGAAAGGACCGCCCAUUGAUGGCACCAUGUGUGGGAAUGGGAAGCAUUGCUUUAAAGGUCAUUGCAUCUGGUUGACCCCUGACAUCAUAAAGCAAGAUGGAAACUGGGGUUCGUGGAGUGAGUUUGGCCAGUGCUCCCGCACCUGCGGUGGAGGGGUACAAUUUCGCACGCGCGACUGUGACAAUCCGAGACCAGCCAACGGAGGGCGUACCUGCGUGGGGGCGACUUAUCAGUUCCAGAUGUGCAACACCAACGAAUGCGAGGACAUCUACAGCGACACGCGGGAGGAGCAGUGCCACGCUUGGGACCCUCGCCCUGAACUCCACAGCAACAAGCACCACUGGCUGCCUUACGAACACCCAGACCCUGACAAACGCUGCCACCUGCACUGCCAGUCCAAGGAGACGCAAGAUGUGGUCUUCAUGCAGAAAAUGGUACUGGACGGCACACGCUGCUCAUACAAGGACCCUCACAGUGUGUGCGUGCGAGGGGAGUGCGAGAAAGUGGGCUGUGACGGUGUGGUCGGCUCCUCAAAGCAGGACGACAAAUGUGGAGUGUGUGGAGGAGACAACUCCAGCUGCAAAACCUUCAAAGACACCAUCACACGCACGGCCAAGAAGCAAGUUUUCCUCAAAGUUCUUGAAAUCCCCAGAGGAGCGCGACACUUACUGAUCCAAGAGCUGAAAGCGACCUCCCACACUUUAGCUGUAAAGAACGUGGCGUCGGGACUGUUCUUCUUGAACGGGGAAAACGAAUACCCAGAAUCCCACUCGGUCAUAGAGAAGGGCGUGGAGUGGGAAUAUGAGAAUGACAACGACAAGGAGACGCUUCAGACCACUGGCCCUCUCAGACAUGGCAUUCUGAUCAUGAUGAAACUACAUGGAGAUGAGGAUGUGAAUUUGUCUUAUAAGUACAUGAUGAACAUGGACAGUGACUCUGCCAUUCAGAACAACAUGCUGGUAGAAGACAGCGCCUAUGAGUGGGCUCCAAAGAGAUGGUCCUACUGCUCCAAGCCCUGCGGUGGAGGGAAGCAGUACCUGCGAUACGGCUGCAGAAGAAAAGUUGACAGUAAGAUGGUCCACAAGAGCUUCUGUAACAAAUCCAACAUGAAACCAAGAGGAGACACCAGAGACUGCAACCAGAAGCCCUGCCCUCCACCCAUCUGGGUGACAGGGGAGUGGCAAAACUGCAGCAAACCAUGUGGAAAAACAGGCAUGCAAAUCCGCUCGGUCAGCUGUGUCCAGCCCUCAGACGACAACACCACGCGCUCCAUCCACAAUAAGCACUGCAACGACGACCGGCCGGAGACUCGCAGAGCCUGCAAUCGGCACCCGUGCCCCACCCAGUGGAGAGUUGGACCGUGGUCACAGUGCUCAGUGACGUGCGGUAAUGGGACCCAGCAGAGGCAGGCUCUGUGCCACACCAGAGACAACACCAUCGGCUUGUGUCUGGACAGUAAGCCCGACACCAUCAGAGUCUGUCGCCUGGAUCCAUGUCCCAACCUCAACAAGAACGGCAACAUCCUGAUCCAGUGGCUGUCUCGCCCCAACCCCAACUUCCCGAAGAUCUCCUCACGCCAGCGUUGUCAUGGCGACCGCUCAAUGUUCUGUCGUAUGGAGGUGCUGAAGCGCUACUGCUCCCUACCGGACUACUGGCGCAUGUGCUGCAAGUCCUGCAGCAAUAUCACCAUCACAGAGCUUCCACCCAAUUCAACCUCCAGAUCCACCCCCGUAGCCUCCAUCCGGCCCAGUGUAACAGCUCCUCCACCUACCAACACCUUCCGCUCUGGCUUCACAACCAUCCAACUCACCCAAGCUUCUGUCACCACCAUUUCAACUUCAGCCAUCGAACCGUGGACCACCACUCAUCCUCCUACCUUCACCACUGCUGUUCCUCAUUCCACCCCUUCCCCACUAAGUGCUACACAAAUUAUCACCAGUCCAGCUGCCACCAGUGCUCCAGUCCUCCCCACUACCUCUUUAAAGGCAACCACAGCAGUUACUACAAUCGCUCCCACUGUCACUGCUCAUCCCCUGCCUCUUCCUCCCCCAGACACAGACCAGAGCACAGAUCCACAGCUACAGAGCACUACAAACAGUCCAACGACAUCUGGUAUGAUAACUACCACACACCUUCCAGUGACGACCAGUCCAAUUAUGACGAAUCCCACAGAAAGCAGGACAAAAACAGACAUGCCACUAAAAUCCAAGCCCAAGAAGAAUAUUCCGCCAAAGAAAAAGCCCAAAAAGGUGAUUCCUCCAAGGUUCAAUCCAAAAAAGAAUACUGAACUGAAAAAUACGACAAGAAAAGAUGUUCCACCAAAGCUCAAUCCCAAAAAGAAAACAAACGCUACUCCAAAAAAGACUCCUCCAGCGAACACUACUCCAAAAAAGACUACUCCCAAAAAGACUACUCCCAAAAAGACUACUCCGGGAACGUCCAUUCCCAAAAACACUACUCCAGCAAACGCUACUCCCACAGAGACUACGCCGAAAAACACUACUCCCAUAAAAACUACUCUCAAAAUGACUACUCCAGGAAAGACCAUUCCCAAGACUACGCCGGCAAAAACUACUCCCAAAAAGUCUACGCCGGCAAAAACUACUUCCAAAAAGACUACGCCGGCAAAAACUACUCCCAAAAAGAAUACUUCAGCAAGCACUUCUCCCAAAAAGACUCCACCUGUAAAGACCACUCUUAAAAACACUCCUCCAGUUAAGACUAUUCCUGAGAAAAAGCCCAAACCUACACCCAAAAAGGUGGCUCCACCAAAAGCCAAUCCCAAAAAGAACAUUCAGCCAAAAACAAAAGUUACAAAGCAAACUCAUACAAAGACAAGUCCCCCAAAGAACCCAAAACCAGGGCCCAAAAAUGCCACAAAGUCUCAGGCCAAGGUUAAUCAGAGUAAGGCCAUUACAAAAAAGACUACGCCAAACAAGAAAACACUUAAAACAACUUCUUCAUAUCACACCACAGCUCCCACUCCACAUCCAAGUCCAGAACAACUGAGAGAGUACUUUUCUUCCACUAUCCCACCCAACACUAAUGUAUAUGCGACAGCUUCAGCCAUGCCUUUCCCCGAAUCCAGAAUCAAUGUCACGUAUAUCAGUAACAACGCAGCAGCUACUGAUGAAACUCCACUGUGGCAUCAUGAUGCUUUCACCACAACGCCCAGCACUUUUGAUGAUGUCGUAACACCGACUGGAACCGUUCAUUUUGAAGAUGUCAACAUGCCCAGCAGAACCAGUCCGUAUAGUGAUGUCACAAUGACCAACAGCGGCGAUGUCACAGUAACCAGCGGGACCAUUCUCAGUGGUGAUGACAUCACAGUGUCCUACAGCAACGUGGGCAUCAUCAGUGACACCAUGGUGCUAGACGAUGGCCUCACCAUGGUGAUCCCGACCAUCAACAGUGAGGAUAUGACGGACCUCGCUUCCUCACCCUGGUUGGACCUGUCUGAGUACAUCCCCAUGAGCAUCCCUGUUACCACGACAACCACAGACCCCGCCACAGCCUCGCCUCCCCCCACUAUCACUCCAUCCACAGAAAAACCAGCCACCACAGCCACCACCACCUCUAUUGUAAGACCUCAGCAAAGAUCAGAGGAGAACAGUGAGAACAACUCCAUCGACGUCGUAUAUAACAGGAUCGUUGGCGUGGACAGCGACAUCUCCCAGAACAAUUUGAUCCCAAAGCGCAGGGUCAACCUCCGUGAGAGAACCAGGAACAAACGCAUUCAGGAGCUUCUGGAGGAGAAGCGGAACUUUCUCCUCAGGAUGAAGAGAGGCCAUGCAGCAUGAUGGACCAAGCCUUCACAUUUCUCUUAUAGAGAUCAAUGUUUUUCUUUACGGACUUUAGUAAGGCCCCUCUGAACUUUCUAUCAGGCCUUUACACACAAAAAGAAAGAACUAAAAACUCUCUGCCAUAUCACCAUCAUGACAAUCAGGACUGUUGCAGAGAGAGAAUAUCAUGGCCUCAUGUUUGAACAGUUGCUUUGAAUAAAGAAAAGCCCUGUAGAGUACAGGCUGGUGCAGAUUUGAAGCAAAUCGCUUCGCCUGUGUAAACACGAUGAUGAGAAAUGGUGAAAAGUGUGCAUCCAGCUUGACCAGCACUUUACAAAGCCAAGCUUUUAUCUCCAAAACCACCCACAGUCUUGUUUGAGAAUUCAGUGACGAUGAACAUAAGGUGUGAUUUAGUUUGUAAAAUGGUAUUAUCCCUAUUGGUGCGUAUGGAGCAACAAAAUCACCUAGAAACACCUAGAAUCCAAAGUACAGCCCAGGACUGCAGCUCAUUUCCCAACAAACAGAUAAAUACUUCUCCCAAUAGCAGUCACUGCAGGACAAGAUGAAACGGUCACGUGCACAGCACUCUGAAUACUCUAUACACCCUGUAAAUUGGAGUAGGUGGAGGCCUGAAAGCUUUAUGGUAAUACUAUACAAUCACAAAGUCUCCUUUUGGUUUAAUUGAAUUGUGAAAGUUUACACAGCUUGGAUUGUGUUGGUCUUUCCAAAGCAAACAUCUGUCUGACUGCGUGGGGUUUCUCAUCUCUCAGGAAGUGGUACAGUAUGGAAGACUGAUGAGGGACAUUACCAACACUUGGUGCUGAUAUAUUGUGAUGAUAUGUUUUGAUAUCUCAUAAAGCUAAAUAGAAAAAAAAAACUGACGAGAAAAAAAAGGUUACAUUUUGUUUUCCUUUUUUAAUGGUCAAUCAAGUAUGGUGCUUUUUUUGUCAGUGUUGCUAAAAGCAAUGUCCCUCAUGCGUUCAUUUAUGUACAAAAAUAUAAUAAUGAAAUAAGUAAGCCUGUUUGUAUUAACUGUAUUGAAAGAGAAGCUUUGAGGGCCAGUUUUGCUAAUGGUACAUCUUUAACUUGCAGC